AAAGAGUGAAGAAAAUUUUAGCAGCUUCUUUUACAUGAUCUGGAAGAUAUUCAAACAUUUAGGUCUUUUAGACUGAUCAAAUCAAAGGGAUGGAAAAAAAGAGAAGAAAAACUGUAGCAGUAGUUGGAAUCUGUACGUGAACAUCCUGGAAACUGUGGUUGUGGAAAAAAGCUGCAAAGAGCUGGAUAUGCAUUAUGAGCGUGUUUUAAGUGGUAUAUAUGCAUACGAGAAACAGGGUUUCUGAAGAGAUAAAAGGAAGAACGUGGCUAGAGCUAUAUGUACUCAACACUGAGGAAAGUGUCGUUCAUAUUGGUGGUUUGAAAAAAAUACAACUGACGGUGCUAUCUCUUCUGCGACACAGUGAUGAAUAGACCAUACGGUGGACGCAGGGAUGACUUAGAGGCUGCAAGCAGUAGUUCUCCCUAUCCCGACAAUCAGGAAGAUGAGACGUCCUCCGGACCAUUCGACAUAACUAGCACAAAGAAUGUUUCGUUUGAACGCCUCCGCCGCUGGAGGCAAGCCGCACUGGUACUUAAUGCUUCUCGUCGCUUUAGAUACACAUUGGAUUUAAAAAGGGAAGAAGAGAAGAAACAACUCAUUAGUAAGAUUAAAGCCCAUGCACAAGCCAUAAGGGUUGCAUAUCUGUUCAAAUUAGCUGGGGAACGAGUUAAUGGAACAACAACAAUUUUACCUCCAACACCCCAUGGUGAUUUUGCAAUUGGACCAGAGCAACUUGUGUCCAUGACAAAGGAUCAUAAUCUUUCUGCUCUUCAGCACUAUGGGGGGCUUAAUGGACUAUCUGCUAUGCUAAAGACAAAUUUAGAUAAAGGGAUCAAUGGAGAUGAUGCUGAUUUAAUGAAUCGGAGGAAUGUAUUUGGUUCAAACACUUAUCCUCGGAAAAAAGGAAGAAGCUUCUGGAGGUUUGUUUGGGAAGCUUGCCAAGACCUUACUUUGAUUAUUUUGAUGGUAGCUGCAGCAGCUUCCUUGGCUCUGGGUAUAAAGACAGAGGGUCCCAAGGAGGGCUGGUAUGAUGGGGGAAGUAUUGCAAUUGCAGUUAUUCUUGUCAUUAUUGUGACAGCUAUCAGUGACUAUAAGCAAUCUCUUCAGUUUAAAAAUUUAGAGGAGGAGAAAAGAAACAUACACUUGGAGGUUGUUAGGGGAGGUAAAAGGGUUGAGAUCUCAAUAUAUGAUAUUGUUGUUGGUGACAUUGUGCCCCUCAACACUGGUGACCAGGUCAACAAAAAUUCCAAGGAACCAUUUCUUAUGUCUGGCUGCAAAGUCGCUGAUGGCAGUGGAACUAUGCUGGUAACCAGUGUCGGGAUUAAUACUGAGUGGGGAUUGCUUAUGGCAAGUCUUUCUGAGGAUAAUGGUGAAGAAACACCAUUACAGGUACGCUUAAAUGGUGUUGCAACUUUCAUUGGUAUUGUUGGGCUCACUGUAGCUUUUGUUGUCUUGGUCGUCCUUUUGGCCAGGUACUUUACUGGCCAUGAAAAAAAUGCUGAUGGAACUGCACAGUUCAUCGCAGGCCAAACUAAAGUUGGAGAAGCUAUAGAUGGAGUCAUUAAAAUUAUUACUAUUGCUGUUGCUAUUGUGGUUGUUGCAGUCCCCGAAGGGCUUCCCUUAGCUGUUACUUUAACGCUUGCUUACUCAAUGAGGAAAAUGAUGGCAGAUAAAGCUCUGGUACGUAGGCUCUCCGCUUGUGAGACCAUGGGUUCUGUAACAACAAUUUGCAGUGACAAGACUGGAACCUUAACUUUGAAUCAGAUGACUGUAGUUGAGGCUUAUGUUGGUGGGGAGAAAAUUGAUCCACCUGACAGCAGCUCACAAUUAUCUCAGACACUAACCUCAUUACUUAUUGAAGGCAUUGUACAGAAUUCGAAUGGUAGUGUUUUCACACCAGAGGGUGAUGGAGACGUGGAGGUUUCUGGAUCACCAACUGAGAAGGCAAUUCUUAAUUGGGGAAUCAAGCUUGGUAUGAAAUUUGAUGCUGUUAGAUCAGAAUCAUCUAUCAUUCAUGUUGUCCCAUUCAACUCAGAGAAAAAACGAGGCGGUGUUGCAAUAAUAUCGGUAAUGUGACUUAUAGUAGUCUUUCAUGAGUGAUUUUCGCAUUGAUGCUUUUACUUAGAAGUCUUGAUUGCAUUGUAAGUGCCCUUUGUUGUCAGUCUGCGUCCAGGUUUUAUCUAUAUGAUCUAUUUGACUUAAAAAUUUCUUUUAGUCGUUUAGAAAAUGUUAACUUCUUAACAAAUGAUAGUGAUUUUGUUGAUCAACUGUAAAAAUGACAAAAUUAGCAUUUAAGAAUUACAGCAGUCAGCAAAAUAGCAAAAAUAACUGCAUCAAUUUUAAAACAUUACUGAGAUUAUGGCCUAGAGAUAAAAUAUGUUGAGAUUAAUUGAAUAUAUUGUGUGCCUCCUGUGGCCAUGUCACGCCCUAGAACCCAAAUCCGAGGACGUGGCAGACGCCGUGCACUCUUGAGAGGGUCCCACAAAUGCACAAGGCUCAGAACUUAUUCAAAUCACAACAUCUCAAGAAAGAAGGAGAAAGAAGGAGAUUCUAAGCCCCAAAUCAUGUGAUUGAACAAGAAAGAAGGAGAAAUUUCAAGCCUUUUUACCGGUUUUCAAAGGAGGAGGAAGUCGGUGGCUUGGGGGGGGGGGCUGUCGGGAGCUGCAGAAUGAAGAAGAAAAGCAGGACACGCGGCUGAGGAAGAAAGAAAGAAGAAAAAAAAAAUCCCAGCCGAUCCUUAUCCAAAUUUUCCUCUUUUAAGUCCCUCAACUUUUGAAAUUUGACUAUUAAGCCCCAAAACAAUAUUUUUCCUCAAAUAAGUCCCCUAACUGAAUUGAUAAAAUUCCCAAAAUUUUGGGAUAUUACAGGCCAUUUCAAGUUCUAGGCCUAACUGAUAUAUAUGCUACUUGAACUGGCUGAAAAUUACCUUUUUGU